AUGAAGAGAAAGCAUCAAGUGAACGAUGACUCGGAUUCUGAUUCCGAUGAAGAUUAUUAUGAAGAACCAAAAAAGCAAAGACAUAGUACUGGUUCGGCUUUUAUGAAUGCUUUUAAUUCUAUUUUGUCUGAUUCAAUUAUACUUGAUAAUUAUUCUAAUUAUGAGAAUUUACCAUUAGGAAUUAAAUUUAAAGUGGUUCUUCGAAGUUUUAGACAAAUGACAAUAAUUGAAAAGUUCUUUAUUUUCAACAAAUUACAUAAUAUUAGUUAUAGUACAAUUCGUGAAGCGGAUUGUAUUGCUCUUUUAAGUCUAGGAUUUUCACAAAUAACUGAAGAUGAAAUUGGUAAUUUACAAACAUAUUUCAAAAAAAAGGGAAAAUCAUCUAAUUACAAUGAUACUAAAUAUACAUUACUCGAUUUUGAGAAUAAUGACACUAGAUUGUAUUGGCAAUUGUCAUAUCAAACUUGGGUUACUUUUUAUCAUGAUAUGGUGGAUUGUUAUACAACUAGAUACAACUCGAGAAAUCCAAAUGAAAUUCCAUCAAACUUUAAUGAAACAUUAGAGCAAAUAUCUAGAGAUUCUAAUUUCUAUGCGAAAGCUAUUCAUGUCAUUAGAAAAAAGUUGAGACAUAUUCCUGGGAAAACUUCUGGAAGCCAGGAUAUGAGCAAAUUGUACAAUAAUUUAACUGAUGUUCUGUCCACAAUGGAAGAAGCUAGUAUGGAGAAAGUUGAUGGUAUUCAUAUGAUUAAUGAAAAGAUACUGUCUGCUAACUUUUUCUUCCACUUUUUACAAUCUGAGGAGGAUAAGAAAUCUCAACUUGGAGCCUUUUUACUGAAAAAAGCAAGAAUUAUAGAUGAUAUGGAGAUUGUAAAGGUUUUAUAUCCAAUCAAUACCAAAACCUCCUUUACUUCGCUCCCUAUUUCAAUACUCAACUUGGAGAAAUCUAUUCUAUUUUUUAAUGAGUUUAUCAAGGCAAGAGAGACUUCACUUAUAAAACCAAUAAGGGGCACACAUAUCAAAACAAAAUUCUCUAACUAUGGUAGAAAGGAACAAGAUGUUACAGAGGUAGAACCAACCACCACCACCAUUAGCGAACAACCAAAAGAAAAGACUGUGAUGAUCCCUCAUCAACAAGUCUCGACACCUUCUAAAGAAAGUCCUAGUGUAGCAGCAUCUAACACUAAGAAUGGAAGCUCAUCAUCAGAAAAUGUAAAACAACAACCUCCAAGUGUUGAACCAGCAACAGCAGCAGCAACGAUUUCAACCCCAACUCUUCCACAACAAACAAAACCAAUUACAGCUACAGUAACUACUACUUCUUCAUCAGCAGCCUCAUCAGCAGCAACCAAUUCUGAUACUGCUACCAUUACUUCACCACCUAGAGAACAACAAACCAGUAAACCAAAUGAAAUACCAGUUAUUGACCUAGAGAAUGACAAACUUGAUGCAGCUGGUGUAUUUAGAAAUUGGUGGGUUGGAGAAUACAGGAACUUUGACUUUUCAAAACAUCAAGCUGUCCUUUCAGCUAAAAGGUUAUUACAAUUCUUCAGUACUGCCAUGAGACAAAAAGAUCCAACCUUUCACAUUGACAGUUCUCAUACUUCUUGGAGAGUAAUAAGAAAGGCUAUUGAAAAGGGAGAGAUUCAUGGAUUAAGAGUUGAAGGAGAAGGAGGUAGAUCGUUUAAGGUUAUUAAUCAAUAA